UCCAUCUUUAGUUCUUGUGAAAUAAACAAAAUUUUCAACAAAGAAGACGCGCACAUUCCUGUUCGUAUUAAUAAUAUAAUUCAAAAUGAGUGCCAUUGCGGAGACAGAAAACCCCGAUCGAAAUGAACCCGUAAGGGCGGAGGCUAAUGGUUCGGAUGAAGACCAAGCGUCCAAACGAAAGUCACCCCAACAAGACGCUUUUGAAGAAAUCAACCAAAACAAACGCUUGAAACCAGAGAAGUCAGAGCCUGGGGUUUCCAUUAAAACCGAAAGGACUGACGAUAAUCCAGUGGAAGUAAAAACCGAACCGGUAGAUGGGGAUGCAGAGGCAGAGCCAGAGCCUGCUCCUAGUGCGGCGUCCAGCAGGGAUCCUGAAAACGUUCAGGUAAAAGUAGAACCACCUGUAGCAGCGGUGGUUAAAAUUGAACCAACUAAUUCCAAUGGACAAGUCUCCGACGAGUCAACCGUGUCGUCCAGCAGUCUUCGGCCGUCUUGUCGCUUCGGCAUCCGAUGCUACAGGCGCAAUCCGGCACAUCGAAGUGCUGAAGCUCAUCCGGGUGACGCGGACUAUCGCCGACCAAAUUUUCCCGAGCCGCCACUCGGAACACCUGCUUGUCCCUUUGGCAACGCCUGCUAUCGCCGCAAUCCAGUUCACUUCCAGCAACAUUCCCACCCCGCAGAUUUCAAUUCAGCGCAGAAUAUACGCAAUCGUCUGCGCCAACGACGAGCCCAACGGCAGAACGGCAACAGCAGACCCGCUGAUGAGGACGACUUUGGGACGGAAGACGAGGACAGUGACCCAUUUGGAGGCGACAAUGAUGACGAUGCGGACUAUCGUCCAGGCGCAGACAUUGAUGAAGAUGAAGAAGAUGAGCUGGAGUUCGAUAGCCAGCGCAUACACACAGAUGACUAUGACUAGCAGCGUAUCAUCUACUACCACAAUUUUCAGUGUUACUUAUCCUUUCCGUGUAUGAAGUUACUUCCUUAAAAUAUAUAUGUAUAUUCCAUUGUUGUAAGCUUA